AUGGCUCUCUGGGCCGCGGGGGUGCGCGUCCUGACGCGGCAUCUGGGCAUCCAGCCCGAGUCGUCGGCCGUCCUGCUCGGGGAGAUCAUCGGCUCCUGGCUCGUCCUCAACGCGCUGCUCCUUGGGCUGAAGACAUGGUACCGCCGCCGAUACAGUCCCUUCCGGGAUAUCCCCGGCCCCGAGCCCGGCCCCUGGCUCUACGGCCACGCGUUCGACAUCUUCGACGAGCCGCUGGGCCGCCGGAUCACGGACUGGGGGAACGCGCAGGCGUACCCGCACGGGCUGAUGCACUUCUUCGGGCUCUUUGGGGUCUCGUAUCUGGUGCCCACAAGCCCCGCGGCCCUGGCGGAGGUGCUGAGCACGCGGGCCUACGACUACGUCAAGCCCGCCGGGUUCAAGCGCUUUACGCGGCGGUUCUGGGGCCAUGGCAUCGUGUCGCAGGAGCAGGAGGAGCACCGGCUGCAUCGGAAGACCUACCAGGCGGUCUUCAACCAGGGCAACAUCGCCCAGGCGCGAGGGCCGCUCUCGACCAAAUCCCGGCAGCUGGUGGACCGCAUCCACGGGCUGUGCGCGCCAUCCCCGUCGCAUUCGGCGAUCGUCCCCGUCACCCAGCUGACGGCGAGGGUGUCGCUGGACGUCACGGGCCUCAUCGCCCUCGGGGUCGACUUCGAGACCAUCCUCGACCGGAACCCGCAGGUCCUGGAGGCGCACGAGGCCCUGUUCGCCGGCUCCCGCGACAAGCGGACGCUCUUCGCCCUGUACAACGCCGCACCGCGCUGGCUCGGGGGCCUGAUCCCCCUGCGCGUCGCCCGGCGCAUGGAUGAGGCCAGCCGGGUGCUCCGUGGCGCCUGUCGGCAGGCGAUCCGGUCUCGCGCCGCCGUCAAGGCGAACGGGCAGCGCCUGGACUUUGUCGCGCACCUGGUGCAGCAGGGGCUGUACGACGAGGAGGCCGCCAUCUCCCAGAUCAUGGUCAUCCUGGGGGCGGGCUACGAAAGCACGGGGGGCACGCUGGCCUGGAUCCUCUACUGCCUGGCCACGCACCCGGACAGCCAGGCGGCGCUGCGCCAGGAGGUGCGGUCGAGGUCGAGGCCGAUGGACGAGUCCGACUACGAGGCGCUCCCCCUGCUGAACGCCGUCGUGCUGGAGGCGACGCGCCUCUACCCGGCCUUCUCGUUCCUGCUGCGCAAGACGAUCCGGGCGACGGCCAUCAGCGGGCGGGCGAUCCCCCGGGGGACGUACGUGGCGCUGUGCCCGCACAUGGUGAAUCACGCCCGUCACCUCUGGGGGCCCGACGUGGAGGCGUUUCGCCCGGAGCGCUGGGUGGAUCGGUCGAGCCCGGCAGGCCCCAAACUGGAUGCCACGGGGGGCGCGUCCGCGGCCGUGUGCAUGCUGUCCUUCUUCUCCGGCGCCCGCAGCUGCGUGGGACGGGCGCUGGCGCUGGCCCUGAUGAAGCGGCAGGUCGCCCUGCUGGUCGACCACUUCCAGCUGGACCCCGUGGGGGGGACGCCCCAGGCCUCGGGGCUGUUCGCCACCAGUCCACCGGCGGAUCUGCACGUCCGGUUCACGCAGGUCCGGUAG